AUGUGGACUGCCAUUGCAUUCUUCCUGAUGAUUUCCUUCUGUAUAUGUGAACACAGGUUUUCUGUCCUGAAAGGAAGAGGAGUCCAUGUAGUGCAAAUAAACAAGCUUACAACUGAAAAGCAGUGCAGGCAGGCUUGUCAAAGCCCUGGUGUUUCAGGUAACCAUCACUGUAAUUGGUCUGCACCCUACCAGAAUCGCUGCAUCCUCUUGCAGUGUCACCAGCUGAGUGUAUGCCAGAAUGCCAGAGAACAAGACAUCAAAUAUCUGCUUGGAGAAAUUGUUGGUGGGAAGAGGGAAACAAUUUUGUUUCGUCAUCAAACCUACCCACAGAAAAAGAAGAGGAUGGUAAAAGUACAGGUUGACCAACACAACGUAGAAAACUUGGUUUUCUCAACUGCUCGGACUCAGAAGAUUCACUUGAGGCAUUUAGUUGAGGUUAAGAAUGAAGAUGUAACAACAAAUGGAAGAAAAACAAUUGCAAGCAAUGCAACCAGCACCACAGCAACCACCACCACUGCCACGGCCAUAGCGAUAAGUGUUACACAUGCAGCUGUUCUCACUACAGCUUAUCAAACAACUGUCAAAGCCUCAAAUGUCCCUGGAGAUUCUGAUCUCCUUGCUGAAGCCGUGUCAUCCUCUGCCACUUCUCCCACUUCUGGUAACAUCCCUGUUUCUACUUCCAGCAAUGUCACAAAGCUUGUGACCACCACUGAAAAAUCAGGACAUAGUAGCUCUGUCUCAGGAUUGUCCCCCAUGUCUGCUGCUUCUCCUCUCAGUGUAAUUUCUGAAGCAGGUACUCCAAAGCCUCCAACAGACCAGUUUAACCCAGCCACCACCAGCACUCCCCACUCUAGUAGCCACGCCACUGUUGGAGCUGGCCUGAAUACACCAAGCACGACAUUGACCACUUUCAUCCCACAGGAUGCAGGAAUGUCUUCCACUGCUUCCACUCAUGCCAUGGCACUCAGCCCCUUGGAGGAUUCACACUCUGUGAAUUCACUGCCUGGCAUUACAUUGCUAUAUCUAGAACCAGAAGCAAGUACAGCCACAACAUCCUUGCAUAAAUCAGCUUACAUUCUGGGGUCUACAAGAGGUGCCAUGGUUUUAACUACUGCCUCUACAGCAAAAACUACUACUGUGAGAGAGAUAAAGUCAACAUCUUACAUUUUUUCAACAACUGUGACCCCAGCAGUUGCACCCAAAGCAACAGUUUCAGGCUUUGAAGAAACUCAGAACACGGACAGUGAGUAUCUUCUCAUUGCUGCCGAGCCCUUAACUCAGUACUUAGUGGAUAAAAGCUUGCUUCUUGGAUUACUUUUAGUUGGUACAUUUUUUUUUAUAACUGUUGUAGUUCUUUCCCUUAUGCAGACCUAUGAGAGAUACAGGAGGAAGGAUUACACACAAGUGGAUUACUUGAUCAAUGGAAUGUAUGUGGACUCAAAGAUGUGA